UUCAAAAGAGCCCACCUUUAAGAGGCUAAAGAAAUCGAAACUUUAUUUAAAGUGGAGGACUUUUUUUGUUUAACAGCUACCCCUCUGUGAAGUUUAGCCUGCAGUUGUCCUACCAGUUCCACUUCCUAGAUCAUGUUUAGUUUCGUUUCUCUCUCUCUCUCUGAUCACUGAGCGCAGCUGCUUAUUUUCGCAGUCAGUAGCCUACUCAUCUCAGUGGAAAAAAGUUGGCAUAGCCUACUGUCCGAACGGGUUGUCUCUGUAAGAAGAAAUCAGCAAAAUGAAGAUGGGAAUCUUUUUCCUGAUUGCCACGUGUGUUUUAUCCACAGCAAUCACAUCAGCCCAAGAGAGCGACAAAGACAAGCCAUCGGCAAGCCUUCAGCCCCCAGCCAUGUUUACUGAUCUCCCUGCUCCCACAGCCACCAAACCUACCGUGACCACCAAACCCACAACCACCACUAAACCCACCACAACCACCAAACCCACAACUACCACCAAACCCACAACUACACCAACUACCACCAAACCCACAACUACCACCAAACCCACAACUACCACCAAACCCACAACUACCACAACUACCACCAAACCCACAACUACCACCAAACCCACAACUACCACAACUACCACCAAACCCACAACUACCACCAAACACACCACAACCAUCAAACCCACCCCUGUGCCAGGCCCAACUCCUUCCACUAACAUCACUAUGGGCAACUUCACCUAUUUAGAAGGAAACACACUUUACGUCAUGGCCCAGAUGAUACUUCAGGUCAAAGUGAAUGACAGCAAGACUCGAGGAACGUUCAUUGUCCAACCAAAUAUGACAAAAACAAGUGGUGUGAUUAAAAAGGACUCUGUGAGCUUCACCCUCACCUUUAAGGAGGGCACUAUUACGUUUAACUUCCAAAGGAACACAACCUCAAAGACUGUCUAUGUCAACUCUUUGCAUCUGAACAUGACCUACGCUUUCACAGCAGGAGGUAAGAAGACUUACAUUGCCAAGAAUGAAUCACUGGAUCUCUUCAAGGCAGCCAUUGGCCACUCCUACUCCUGUAAGAACGAGUCCAUCUCCCUUGGUAAUGAGAUAUACUUGGAAGUGACCCAAGAUCGAGUCCAGGCCUUCAACUUCACUGCGACUAACCAGUUUGGCCAGAUGGACCUCUGCAAGGCCGACCAGCCUGACUACACUGUUGCCAUUGCUGUGGGCAUUGUGCUUCUCAUCCUCAUCGUUAUCGUGAUCCUCGCGUACAUCUGCAGCCGCCGGCGCAGGUCCGAUGGCUACCAGUCCCUGUGAGGAACACAUAAGGGCACAGGAUGCCAACCACCUCCGUCCGUGGAGGAUCAGUCAUCCUUUCAUCUCACCUGUAAUGUUCCCUCUGCGUCUCGAUGUGGAAGCCAUAUUUUGUAAUCGACAGUUUACAGCUUCAAUUCUUUGUGCACUGUGUUAUUAACCUAUGUCUGUAGGAUGCUAUUGUGUGAAGUGGUGUUGAGUGAAGGUUACUAUCCUCAUAAAGCACUGAUUUUUUUGUUGUUGAUUUGGCUUCUUCAGCUAGGUAAAGUAUUAAUGGAAAAGAGAUGUCUGUCGCUCACAUUAUACUAAGGGAAUCAAAAUAGGUAUAUGCCACAAUUUAUUGUAAAACUUAAACAAAAUAGUAUUUCAGAACAAAUCAAUAUGUUUUACUGAUUCAGUUAGCCUAAUCAAAGGGAAUGCAUAAUUGGGAGUAACAAAAAAAGGUUGUUGCACAGAUUUAAAGUUUUAGUCUUUGUAAGGUUAUUUAAAGGCAGUCCUCAACUAUUAUGAAAAUGAAGGGAAUAUAUGCAUUGUAUAUUGUAAACAGCUACACACUGGGAAAUAUUUUCAUUGUAUGUUUUUAAGAAGCAUUUGCAUUUUUGUUAAAAUAAAGAGCGACUGACUUUACCAAACGGGAACGUUUU